AUGGCCGAGUACGAUGCGCGUGUUGAGUCCGGACGACUGCGAGACGACGAGCACCAACGCAACAUCAUCAAGAACCUGCAAGAUCUCCACGACAUGCUGAAAUCCUACACGCAACCGCCCGUUCAACAACCUACCAUCGAGUCCCUACAGCCGCCCAAGAAGUCGUUCUUCUCCUUCCUUACGUCGUCCAACUCCGCGGGGUCGGCCCUACCACCUAUACCCGAUUCGCUGCCAAAGGGCAUGUACAUGUUUGGCGAUGUGGGCAGUGGGAAGACAAUGAUGAUGGAUCUGUUCUACGACACUCUGCCGCCGAACAUCAAGAGGAAGACAAGGAUACAUUUCCACGCGUUUAUGCAGAGCGUACACAAAGAUUUGCACAAGAUGAAGAUGCAGCAUGGGAAUGAUAUUGACAGUAUACCCUUUGUAGCAGCGGGUAUAGCGGAGCGCUCCUCCGUCCUCUGCUUCGACGAGUUCCAGUGUACGGACGUUGCUGAUGCUAUGAUCCUGAGGCGAUUGAUCGAGAGCCUGAUGGCCCACGGAACCGUCAUUGUCACGACGAGUAACAGACACCCGAACGACCUCUACAAGAACGGAAUACAAAGGGAGAGUUUUGUGCCCUGCAUAAACCUUCUCAAAACGAGGCUUACAGUCCUGAACCUGGAUUCUUCGACGGAUUACAGGAAGAUUCCACGGCCACCAAGCGGUGUAUACCACCAUCCUCUAGAUGCAUCUGCACAAACACAUGUAGAGAGAUGGUUCCGCUUCCUCGGCGAUUUCGAAAACGACCCCCCACACCCCGCAAUCCAUGAAGUAUGGGGAAGAGAAGUCCGCGUGCCGAAGGCCAGUGGGAAGUGCGCCGUAUUUAGUUUUGACGACAUCAUCGGACGCGCUACGGGAGCAGCCGAUUACCUCGAACUCACGAGACAAUAUGAGGCGUUUAUCAUUACAGGGGUGCCUGGAAUGAACCACAGGUCAAGAGACUUGGCGCGGAGAUUCAUCACCUUUAUAGAUGCCGUGUACGAAUCAAGGGCCAAGCUAGUAAUGACUACAGCCGUUCCACUAACGUCCCUCUUCCUUGACCAAGCCGAACUCAACGACGCGGUAACCGCUACACAAAAGGCUGGGAAACUUCCUACCACAGCCUCUUCUUCAUCAAAGCCGCCUGCCAAGUCUGCGCAAGCGGACGACCACGAAGCCAUCUCGGACGUAAUGCGCAAUCUCAUGGACGACCUUGGUAUGAACAUGGAUAUGUUGAAGAACAGCAGUAUCUUCUCUGGCGAUGAAGAAAGGUUUGCAUUCGCGAGAGCGUUGUCGAGAUUAAGUGAGAUGGGGAGUCAAGAAUGGGUUGAACGCGGACUGGGCCUUGAAAAGAGGGGUGGAAAGGGAGAGAUGGAGGGCUGGCAGAAGGUUAGGAGUAGGUGGAGAGAGGAUAGCAUGUAG